UUUCGUGUAGCCACGGUGAUCGGACUGACUCAGUGCCAGGGCCUCUUCACAUGGAGUCUGUCAGCAGCACCAUCCUGACAUUGUUGGUGACGAGCACAAUCCUACAUGUGGGCUCCCCAAGGCGGGGUUUUGGGGCUGACGAUGACACAGGUUUUGACUACGGUGGGCACUAUGGGCAGAGAGGGUGCAAGGACAUCUGCGAACCAGGCUUUGUACCAGUGGACAUCUCCGGUCUCUCUUGUAGCCGUGGACGCUGGUUCAAGUAUGGGACAAACAUCCCGACCCAGGACAUCGAGUGUCAAGAACUGCCACCAUUCAACGUGGUGAAUGUUUCUACCCCAGCGGACAGCAUCACCCUGUGGGGUCGCUUCAAAUCCUGUCCCAACAGCAGUGCUGACAAACUGAAUGUCUGGCUUCGCUGUAAAUGGUAUGAGAGUCACAAUUCACGCUGUAAAUCAGGCACGGAGGUCAUCAGCCAAAGUCAUCCCUACUGUAGCUCGGCUCUGCAUAACUGGACCUGCCAAAAUCUCAGGCCGUUCUCCCGGUACGACAUCCAGCUCUUUGUGAAUUACUCUCUUCCCAGCUCUGGCAGCUCUGGAUUUGGAUACAGCCAAAGACAGAUGCAAACUUUCGAGAAACCACUUCACACAUCGAGGGUAAACACCAGCCAAGCAGUGCCUGACAAACCCUGGUUGCUGACUGUGGACGUGGUCAAGGGGAGGAUUAGCUGGGAUCUACCGAAUUCAUGCCGUGCUCAAGUCCUUGGUUCUCAGAUAACCAUUGUUGGAUCGAGAGCCCACAAUGCCUCAUUCCCUUCUGAACAUGUGUUCACUUUCGAUACCAGUACAACACAGCUAAAAAAUUACACCUUCAUAUGUGCAACGAAAUACAACAUUAUUCUGCAAGCUGACAGCUCGGUGGGCUUGGGGAAUAAAGAAGAAGUGAUAAGGAUGACUGCAGCAAAAGAACCGCUUGUUCCCGAAAUUCAGAGUCGUGUUUCAGAACUCACUGGCUCGACGGCUCGUAUCCAGUUCACACACUCACACAGAGAAUGCACUGCAGUGUCAUUUUACGAGGUGAUUGUUUCGUCGACAAGUUAUGAUUCACCUUCCAAUCGGGAAAGUUUGUGUCAGAAUAGGCAUCUGCUUGCAUUCCAAGUGAAUCAUCCAUUCAACGACUACAUCAGUCUGCGCAUUCCCACUGCCAACGUCUCUGGAACAAUGACGUUGACCAUCGGAGAUGAUCAGACCAUUGGCAACUUCUGGAACAGACGUCUGGAGUCUGACCAGCAAUACACAGUCACGUUGCGAGUCGUCAGUGACUGGAGUCCGGAAGUGAAGUUUGUGUGUGCGUAUUAUGAACCGUUCUAUGUAUCAAGUGGAAAGGUCGCCAUAACCGUUACUGUUCUCCUCUUCAUCAGUCUGAUUUCGAUCCUGGUGGUCUUCCUGGUCUACAGGAGGAGACGGAAGGCCAGGCAGCCCAAAUGGCAAGUGAUCCGACGUUACAUUACGAAGAGCUCAGGUGAAGACUGAGCCUGUGGAGAGUUCAGCAUCAUCCAUUCUUAUUCAUCUCUCCCCAACCCAACUGCCUCACCUCCCUCUCUGCAACUCCACAUCUCCCUGACACACAUCAUCUCCCUGUCACUCCCCUUUGAUACUACCACUCUCCCUGUCACUCCCCUCUGAUACGACAACUCUCCCUAUCACUCCCCUCUGAUACUCCCAAUCUCCCUAUCAUUCCCCUCUGAAACUACCACUCUCCCUGUCACUCCCCUCUGAUACUCCCACUCUCCCUAUCACUCCCCUCUGAUACUCCCACUC